AAUAUCAUCAUCAUCGGCAUAAUCUUGUUCUAAUAUUACAGCUUGUUUGUAUUUCUUCUUUUGCAGGAGCAAAUUAAAGCAUUAAUAUUAUUGAAAUAUGGAAGAUACCAACGCAACGGUCAUCAGUACUGGCGAUAAUGGCCAGCAGCCGCAGGGCGUGACACCAAUAUGGCCUAAAAGGUCAAUUGAAACGAUGCCGCCCUUCUCUCCGACGUUUCCACCAAAUCUUUCUUUAGGCAGUAAUGGAUCAUUUCAAGUGUGGAAAAAACCUGCAAUCCUCACCAACCAUGGCUGCCACAAUAUUGGUUCUAGCAGCGAGACGAAGAGCUUUUUCCGGCCACCUGCUGCCAGCUCCUCUCUUGCACCUAAAGGAGACGAUGAUCGUAACAAAAAAACCCAGAACGCAUCUCUUUCAUCCGAUGACGCUAUUGCUGUAAACAUUGUUGCUAGCGCAAGUGACCCUUCCAAAGCUGAGACUCUGAAUGGCACUGUGCGAAUCAGAUGGGGUAAAAACCUAAAUCCAAAUAUGGAACCCAAAAAGAUGAAACGGAUUAUAUCAAACCGUGUUUCUGCACAGAAAUCUCGAAUGAAGAAGCUUCAAUACGUUACUGAUAUGGAAAGGAAGGUGAAAGCUUUAGAGGCUCAAAUUGCAGUCUUAUCUCCUCAAGUUGCACUUUAUAAAAACCAGCAAUGUUUGCUGCAAAUGGAGCAAAGAAGCUUGAACCAACAAAUGCUCCAUUUCAAUACCAAUAAGAUUCUUAGAGAUGCCGAAAUUGAAGAGAACAAAACAGAAGUGAAUAGGCUGAGGCAACUCCAUUUGAGCCAAAAACAGCAGCAAAUCCAGGCCACGCAGACAAGCUUCCUUAAUUGGGAAACAGUUGGGAUAGAGCAGAUGGUGUAUCCAAACUUAAAUCAACGUCGGAUGAGAGAAAUGGUUUAUGCGAACUCAACCCAAGCCCAGAAUAACGGAGAAAACACAACACAAGUGAAUAGGCUAAGCCAAAUGAAUUUAACACAGCAGGAAGAUCAACAACCACAGCAAAUUGGACAGACAUGGAUACCAAGUAAUUGGGAAUUUCCUUUGGGCGAGAUCAUGAUAAGCCCAAGCUUAAAUCAAACUGGGAUGCAACAGAAAGUGAACAUUAACUCAACCCUUGGUGGAAUAGAGGCGAUGCUAGGCUACAAUACUUUGAACCCAGAUCAUGUAGCUCACAAUUGAUAUAUUAUAAUUUGUAUGCAUAUAUGAACCUUGGAAAUGGCCGGUGCAUGUACCAGUCGUCUCUUAAUUGGAUUUUCCUGUUUCUUUUCAGUUUAAUUGUCUGUUUGUUGUAACCUUAUGAUUGUAUGUUGUUCUAUGGAUUUUGUAUGCCUGUUAGACUGUGUUUAUUUUCAAAG